UUCUUUAAAAAGAAAAAAAAACUUUUUUUUCUUUAUUUAAUUAAAAUAAAAAAUAAAAGAGAGCAACUCCCAAAGCUCUCACAAAAAGUCACAAUUCGUUCCAAAACUACAAGCAGCUCUCAUCACCAGCCCUCUAGCUCCGCCGCAGCUGUGAAUAUGUUUCCGCAGAAUAGGCAUAAUACGGCCAAUUCUGCCUCAUCUUCACACCACCAAAGCGGUACUUCCGGACCUGGAGUGGCUGGAACAAGUAAUACAAGUGGAAUGAAACUUGGAGCAACAAAUUCUGGCACGGGGGCAGUGAAGGAAUUGUUGGAUAAAGUAUAUGAAGAAUUUGGAGUUUUACAACAACAAUUGCAUAAUACUAGAAUUGAAUUGGAAAAGUGUCAACAGGAAAAGGAUGGUCUUCAAAGAUAUUCAAUGAUGAUGAAUGAAUCACUUUUUUCUUUGAAUAUGGAAACGCAAAAACAUAUAGAAAUUGGCAAACGUCUAUCUGGCAUUUUGACGCACGUUAUCCCAAUGCUUCCACAAGAACACCAAGGAUCGGCUGUGUCAGCGAUUGAAAGGGCUAAGGCUGUUGGGCCACAAGAACUUUUAACCAAUCAUUUACAACAACAACAAUUAGCUGCUAUGAUGUCUGUUGCUGGACCCGCUGCAGCAGCUGCAGCAUUUAAUCCUGCAAUGAUGAUGGCUGGAAUGGGGUUAAAUUUAAAUGUAAAACCGGAGGAUGCAAUGCAGCAACUCUUCAACAAUAUUUUAAAAAAUCCAAUUUUGGCUGGAGCUAAUAAUGUUGCUGCUGGUGGCGGUCCUCAGCAACCUCCCUGUAUUCCUCAACAACUUCCAUCAAGUAAUCAUCCAUUAAUGCCUGGACCGUCAUCUUCUUCGUCUGUUCCUCCAACUGGAGGUGGAGAUGAAGGCCGUCCAUCAACACAUCCUGGAAGAGCAUCUUCUGUUCUAAACAGUACUGGUGGAGGAGGAAGUAGGCCAAGAUCAGGCACUGGAACACCUGUUUCUUAUGCAAAGAGAACUAAAUUGGAACCUGAAGAUGGGGAUGGAGAAUUGGAAAUUGAUGUUCAAAAUGAUGAUGCUGGUUCCUCUGCGGCUUUAUCUCAUCACACCAACGGAAGAACUAGCCAACCUUUUCAUAAAGGUAAAGAUGAAAGAGACACUGCUUCAGCCUCAUCUCGUGAUUCUGCUACGCCUCGCUCUGGAAAACUACAGCUUGCUUCUACCCCUGGUUCUUCUUCUGGCUGUCCACCACAACCAAAUAUUCAGCAACUUUUACCUCCCGCUAUGGCAGAUUUCUUUGCAAAUAAUUAUGGAGCUAAUAGAUUUCCUGGGAAUUUUAACAAUCAAAUAUCGGGAUUAUUUGGAAUGACUCCUGGAGGAGGAGGAGGACAAUUAAAUCCUUCUUCUCUAAAUGCUUUAACAGCUGCAAUGACAACUAAUGGGAAAUCACCAGCUUAUGCUUUUAAGGUUUUUUUUUAA